AAAUAGAACUAAAACUCAAGCACAAAAUCAUAUACAUAUAUAGUACUUAUGAUCUCACAAAACUACUAUAUAUAUAAAAAUCAAGAUAAGCAUCAUGAAGAGUAGUAUUAGUUUGAUUUUGAUUAUUUUGGUGAAGCUUCUACAACUGGGGCAUCUAUCAUCAUCACCAACAAUCAUUAUUGCUUCUUUUGAUGAUGCUGAUCCUCCUCCUCCUGAACUUGUACAAUAUGACUUCUUCUACUUCGUCCAAACGUGGCCAGGUUUCGGUUCGAAAAAAGAUAAGAAAUUGGUGCCUAAUAGCUUUACUAUUCAUGGUCUUUGGCCACAACGCAAAAAAGGGCGGAUGCCCGACUGUCCUACAACACCCCGCUUUCAACCCAACUUGAUCAGCAAGGAUACGCGCAAAGAAUUGGAUAGGCAAUGGGUGGCACUAAAUCCAAAACUAACUAAUGUGGAAUUUUGGAAGCACGAGUGGGAAAAACAUGGAACUUGUUCAAAUGAUCAAUUAAACCAAGUUCAAUAUUUCGAUACAGCUCUUCGGCUGAAACGCCAGUACGAUAUUCUCAAAAUUCUUGAAGCUAAAGGUAUAAAGCCAAAUGAUGGAUCUUACAAGGUAUCGGCUAUAAAAGCAGCUAUAAAGGAGAAAAUUCGAUACGAUCCAAUAGUGAGAUGCGUGGAGAAGGAGAAGCUCAAGUUAAUAUUGUAUGAGAUUUUCUUGUGUGUGGCUAAAGAUGGAAGCAAGUUUGAGGAGUGUGAAACAUCAAAAGAAGAUAUUCCAAUUCCAAUAGAUGAGGAAGAGUAUGAAGCUUCUACAUGCCCAAAUGAUGGUACGAUAAUUUUUCCUAAGAUUAUUUGGAAGGAGGAUAACUACUGCAAAAUGAUGAUCAUGAAAUAAUAAUAAUAAUUAAGAAACAUAAAAACGAGUACUAUUACUACUACUGUUGUUGUUGUACCUAAUAAGCUAGACUUGUUAUAAAGUCCAGUCCAGUCCAGUCAUGAACAAUCAAUUAAUGUACUAUAAUAUGUGUGGUUGUUCGUAAUAAUAAAUAAGCUCUCCUACUAAGGGCACUUAAUUAA